AUGGAAUAUCACAACAGACAGGCUUACAAGGCAUGCUGCAGCUCAGCAGAAACUGAUGAAGAAAUACACAAGGUUCUCUACCUCAAAGCACGCAGGAAGCCAGAACGGACAAACACAUCAGCCCUCGUAGCCUUAAACUUCUGCAAGUCGGUUAAAGCAACCAGACCACUCAUCCCAGGUACAGCUGCUCUGCUUUGCAGCUCUGUAGCAGCUUUGGCAAUCGGCAGUGUACGGGAUCAGACGUACAGACUACUCACGUGCGUGUGUCUUUCUGAGUGGUCCUUGCCAGUCCGGAAGAAGGAGCUGGCCCCCGUCAUUCCCAUCGGAGGCCGAGAGGUGCAGGUCUGUGUCCCCUCCGGCCUGGCGGUGGCACACGGACAGGUGUAUCGCUCAGCUGCCAUUGCCCCGAGUUUGGAAAUCAGCAGGACAACUCAUCAGCGGCGCCGGGUCAGCGCUGGCGAUGGAGCACCUGGAGCUGGAGAGCCCGUGGGGCCACAGCCGCCGGCACCUCACCCCUGCUCUGCCAUCCCCAAGCCCCUCCUGCUCUCUCCAGACACGGGCGGCCGUCCCAUCUCCUUGGAAAUGGCAAUGGGUCUGCGAAAACUGCUAUUUGGAAAUGUGUUCAACCUCUUCAGCUCCGAAUGGGCAAAAGCGUACUUCAGGUUUCGCGAGCCAUACUCUGACCUGGCCUAUGCUUUGGAGGCAGAAAAGGGGGGAACAAGAGCCAUUCUGAUGGCUGUACAAGCGCACAUCAUUAAAUACCUGCUCUUCGUAAGAAACACGGAAUAUACUCACCUGGAAAGGCUCUGCAGGAUAAGCCGGCAGGAGCAAGGGGAGGCGCUGGCCGUGGCCCUGGCAGACACCCUGUGGGCAGCAGGAGGAGGUGUGAGAGCCGUUAUCUGCCUCGUCACCACAGACAUCCAUGUUAUGCCAAGCGGAGACUACAAAUCGAAUGUGGAGAAGCAACUGUCCAAGAGGCAGAUGCAGACCCGCUGGCUGUGUUUUAUGGAUACGGAUGUUGUACGCUCUGAGGUCCAAGAAGAUUUAGACUGCACAGCAACUCCUCUGUUAAAAUUAAGUUUUGGAAACAUCACCUGUACACAGGCUGUGCUCAGCCUCCUCCUAACGGGCCGAGCGAGCCCGCACGAGCUCGACGGUGGCCAGGAGCCAGGACCUGGCGGCGGGGACAUCGAGGCAUGGCGGCGGCGGGGCCCAGUGGGCUACCUGCGCUGGGGCAGGUCGCAGGCGGAGGUGUGCCCCAGGCUGAGGACACCCCGGCUGCCCAUCUGGCUGUGCAGCAUCACCGGGAGGCAUGGAGUUCUCUUCGGCACCGACAGCCUGCUCCUCUCUGACUGGAAAACGGAGAGAGUCUUCCACCUGUACUUCUACAGUGGGCAGCAGGAGCAGACAAAAACAGCCCAUCUAACAAUAGACACUCAUUCACAUCACUGGGAAAAAGACCGAAGUGAAGACCCAAGCAGCCCAGGGAAGAGGCAUCCAUCCGUGGAGAUGGCAAUCAGGACCAAGUGGGCAGGCGCGACUCAGCAUCAGCAUCACGAACUGACCUCGCUCUUCGAGUGCCCCGUCUGCUUCGACUAUGUGCUGCCGCCCAUCCGGCAGUGCCAGGCCGGGCAUCUGGUCUGCAAUCAAUGCAGGGACAAGCUGAGCCUCUGCCCCACCUGCCGGGGCUCCCUCACCCCCAGCAUCAGGAACCUGGCCAUGGAGAAGGUGGCCUCGGCUGUGCUCUUCCCCUGCAAGUAUGCCACAACAGGCUGCUCUCUGACGCUCCAUCACACAGAAAAGCCAGCACACGAAGACAUCUGUGAGUAUCGUCCCUACUCCUGCCCAUGCCCUGGUGCCACCUGUAAAUGGCAGGGAUCCUUGGAAGCCGUGAUGUCCCACCUCAUGCACGCCCACAAAAGCAUUACCACUCUUCAGGGAGAAGACAUCGUUUUUCUUGCUACAGACAUUAACCUUCCAGGGGCGGUUGACUGGGUGAUGAUGCAGUCAUGCUUUGGUCACCACUUCAUGCUGGUGCUGGAGAAACAAGAGAAGUACGAAGGUCACCAGCAGUUUUUUGCCAUCGUGCUGCUCAUCGGCACCCGUAAGCAAGCGGAGAACUUUGCGUACAGACUGGAGCUGGACGGCAACCGCCGCCGGCUGACCUGGGAGGCAACGCCCCACUCCAUCCACGAUGGGGUGUCUGCGGCCAUUCGGAACAGCGACUGCCUAGUUUUUGACACAGCUAUAGCACACCUUUUUGCCGACAACGGAAACCUUGGCAUUAAUGUGACUAUUUCUACAUGUUGUCCGUGA